ACAACUUACAUUCCACAACAUACAAAUGUUUUUUCAAAAUGUGUUCAAUGUCGGUCCGAACAUAGUAUUAGUUUUUCUAUAAAAUGUGGAUUUGCUUAUUUUGUUACUGAAAUAAUAUAAACAACUUCGAUAUACCAUUUAUCGACGUUUUGUGUAUAUACAGAUAUAAAAAUAAAAUUCGAAGCAAAUUCGAAUAGAAAAAAUUCGAAUUCGAGAAAAUUUAUUUUCGAAUCGAGAUACAGAAUAGGCCCCAAGUACUCUAUUUCAUACAAUUGUUUGAUAAACAAUACCAUUGUUUUGUUUGAAAGUGUCCAUAAAAGUUGUAUCACAUGGGAAAAAAGAAUAAACGAAAGGGUCACCCAAAACCGCAUUAUGGUGGAAAACCACUUUGGCAACUGCUGGAGAAUUUGCCAAACCAUGGCGUUGGCCGGCUGAUAGUUCGUGGCUCCUUUCGGCAGGAUGAAGAACAUCCCAGUUAUAUGCGUAUACUAACUGUAGAUAUGACAUCAAAAUCAAUAAAACAUCCCGACAAUCCAAAAAAUGUAAACAAAAUAAGAAUUCCCGUUACUGUGGAAAAAGUAUGGCGGGGAGUAAUUUCCCCUAAACCUUGUAAUAUCCAAAGUACCAGCUACUUACCAGAUUACAUACUUAUUCCUGAAGCAGAAGAAGAGAAGUACGUGCGCAACGCGAAGACUGCAAGUGAAUGUAACUAUGUAUAUUGGACAGCUGGUCAAAAGAAAAGGAUAAAAGAGAGCAUAGAGCAAGGAAUGUCACCAGAAGAAGCUAAACAACGGGAGAAAGAAAGGAUAGCCUUGCAAGAAGCCGAAGCUGGAGGAUCAACCAGCAGUGGAUCUUUUAAUCAAAACCAAUCUAUCUUCGAAGAUAAUUUUGAUGAUGACAUCGAUGAGGAUGAUGACCAUCAAAAUUUUCCUGAAAGGCAGGUUCAGAAAAAUUCAGCAUCUGCUAAUAAAAUAGGACAUGGACCAAGUCGUGGUUCAAAAAGAAGCUGGCCUCAAAAGAGUAAUAAAGUAAGCGCGAAAUUAAGAAAACAAUAAGUGAAUAUAAAAAUUUAAAAGCUUUUACUUCAGAUACAUACUUAUAUAUGUAUUAAUUAUUGUUCGAUCUUGGUUAAAUAAAAAUUUUAAUUCCUAAUCUUAA